CUUUUACCCUUCUUCUUCUUCCUCCUCUGCAAUGGCUUCUGAAAAUCUUCCUGACAAAAACGCUGUUUUCAGAAAGCUGAAAGCUAAGUCGGAUAACAAGAUGUGUUUCGAUUGCAAUGCGAAGAAUCCGACAUGGGCGUCCGUCACGUAUGGGAUUUUUCUUUGCAUCGAUUGCUCCGCUGUUCACCGAAGCCUGGGUGUUCACAUCAGCUUCGUGAGGUCGACAAAUCUGGACUCAUGGGCUCCAGACCAGUUAAAGAUGAUGAGUUUUGGGGGAAACAACCGUGCACAUGUUUUCUUUAAGCAGCAUGGAUGGACUGAUGGAGGGAAAAUUGACACAAAGUAUACUUCAAGGGCUGCUGAGUUAUACAGGCAAAUACUUUCAAAAGAAGUUGCCAAAAGCAUGGCAGAAGAGGCUGGUUUGCCUUCAUCACCUGUUGCUUCUCAGUCAACGAACGCAGUCAAUGGAUUCUCUAAUGUGAAGGUCCUUGAAGCUCCAAAAGAAAGUCCUAGUGAAAGACAUGAAACUCCAGAAGUUACUCGUUCACCUAGAGCUCCUUCUCAUACAGUUAGCACCAGUUCUGUUAAAAAGACCCUUGGUGCAAAGAGGACUGGAAAGACUGGAGGGCUUGGUAUCCGGAAGCUUACAACAAAGCCAAAUGAGAGUCUGUAUGACCAGAAGCCUGAAGAACCAGCUCCUGCAGUAGCAACUUCAGCCAAUGCUACACCAACAUUAUCCUCUUCAUUUCCUUCUCGCUUCGAGUAUGUGGAGAAUAUUCAGUCUGCUGAGACCAGUUCUGGAGGGGCACAUGCGAUUAGUCAUGUUUCGCCUCCAAAGUCAUCGAGCUUCUUUGCUGACUAUGGGAUGGACAGUGGAUUUCAGAAAAAAACAAGCUCCAAUUCUUCAAAAGUCCAGAUUCAAGAAACUGAUGAAGCAAGGAAAAAAUUUUCCAAUGCAAAGUCUAUCUCAUCAGCCCAGUUUUUUGGGGAUCAGAAGAAAGCCAGUGACAUGGAAGCUCAAAUGUCCUUACAGAAGUUCUCGGGUUCAACGGCCAUCUCCAGUGCUGAUCUCUUUGGUCAUGAUGUCGAUGAUUCGCGACUAGACCUGACAGCAGCCGAUGUCAUCAACCGAAUCUCCUUCCAGGCAUCACAGGAUAUUUCAUCCCUCAAGAACAUUGCAGGGGAGACGGGGAAAAGGCUCACUUCUCUUGCUUCUAAUUUUAUCACAGAUCUUCAGGAUAGAAUCCUUUGAUGGAUUAACUGCAUCAGCAUCAAUACGGUCCAAAGAUCGUGUGCAAAGAUUACUGAUUUAAUGGUUUCUGCCCAUAAGGUGGUACAAGCUUUUCUUGUAGCAGAGGGGGUUGACAUUCAGAAUGGAAUGUUUGUGCUCUUGUAUGUGUUUGUAUUUAAGAAAGGAAGGUUUGAUCAGUUUGCAUCUUUGGACUAGUCAAAAGUCUCACUCUUCUAAAAGUAUGUAGGACCUCACAUUUUUAGAGUAGUUGGCUAUACUUCAACAUUGAAUUCUAUUUUGGCAUUCUAGUUUUUUCUUCUAUAUUCAUUAGUCUUGAAUUA